UAUCAAAUGGAUCUACCGUCACCGCUGGUAUUUGUUUUUGCGGAGUGAAUCGAACUAGAUGAGGUAAUCGCCUCCUCGAGGACGUUUUUGAAUUUUUGCAUCUUUCGAACUCGACUCCAUUUAAGUACGAAAAAAAUAUGUUUCCUCGUCCAUUCGCGCUUUCCGUCUCCUCUUCUGUGGUUGCAUCAAAAGCCACUUCCUCUGCUGCUGCCAUUGGCACUACAGGACUUCGAUUGUCGGCAUUGUCUAAGAAUACAGAAGAUGUUUCGAUACUUUUGCCACAGCCGCUUGGAUUUGCCAUGCAGCAAGUACGAUUCAAGCGCGGAAAAAGGAAGAAGCGUAUUCGCCAAGUUGAUCGGCCUCCGGAGUUGAAGGAGAUGCGGCGGGAAGACCAGUUCAACUGCCAAAUACGCUUAGAAGAUCGAAUUUUGCGCGGACCCGAGACGCCCUACUCUAUUGCGCGAAACAUCAAUCAAUAUCUAGAUCGUUUCUCUGGCGAGGGUGGCAAAGAGAUGCAGUAAAUACGAUUCUCGCUAUUUUUUGGUAUGACCACUGCUAGAACAGAACUUUCUAUGGGCUAGUUUUCCACAUUUGCAAGGUACCUAUGAGAAACUUUCAUCUAUUUCUGUGUUACUGCGAACUGUAAACAACUUUGAUACUUCAGGAAUCAGAAAGGACUUCCACCUUCAAUAACUACAUGACUCGCCCUUUUUCAGUUAUCGCCGGUCAAAGGACUUUACACUCCGCCACAAGCAUCGCAUGCUUCGUCUUGCCGGAUUGACUCACGAUGACGCGGACGUUUCGCACCUCGACACGCCUCAGCUGACUGAUCUUGAAGCUCUGCAGCAGGAGGCCACGUUGCCUCGGACAAGCUUGGAGACUCGAUUUCCAUUUCCGCACUUGUUGAGCUACAAAGUGUACUGGAGUGCCGACGCAUCGCCAGAUCCGGAGCCGAAUAAGUACGACUCUCAGAGUUUCAAAAGUAUGCGCGUGACCUUCGACACGGCAGAUGUUCCGUCCUUGACGCGCGCCGAGCGGACUCGCUUAGUCGACAUCGUGGGUGAAAAAUGCGUCAGUCGCCGCCGCGGAACUUGGGGACUUAGGACUAGUACACGCGUUUUGCGGCGAGGGCGAGCAGUGGGAGGUAGUGCGAGGAGCACCUCCGAUCAAGCGGAAGCCGCGACGACUUCUAGCGACGAGGUGGAGAGUUCACGGAUUUCUCCCUCACGAAGUGGCGACUUAGACGAGGAAAGCAUGACUGAGCAACGAGAAACAAGUGUUGUGGAGGAUGAGAAUUUAUCAUCUUCGUCUGGCAAGAAGAGCAUGAAGUUGUCAACAAGUCGUAAAAAUAUUCCGCUCGUCACGACUGGGCACGCAUCUUCAGCAGUGAUGUCAUCUAAAGAGCACACUUGUAUUUCGUUAGAAGUAAACUCUUUUGAUGCGCGCAAUCACAAUGCUGCACUACUUGGGGAUCAGCUCGAUGCACUGUUGAAACUGAGGACACAGCAAGAAGAUAAAAGGUUUAUUGCAGAAACUGCGAGACAUUGACGUUUUUCAAUUUUUGAACGAAUCGAAGAAAGCAGUUGUUGUCACAACAUCAAGAGUUUUGCUGAUAUAGUUGAUCGGAACAUCUACUUUCGAAGGUUUCCAGCAACGUCCGUGUCAAAUACUGCGUCGAAUUUUGACGCGUCCUAAGGACAGACGCAAGUGCC